ACGCGUCCAGACUCCGUCGAGCGCGCACGCUGACUCAUCCGACCGAACUCACUACGCGACGCGCGCGAUAGACACCUGUCAGCCGACAACACGUAAACAAUUUCAAUAACAAGACAAAUUAGAAAUGCUCUUAUCAAUCGACCACGAAGCGCGGGAAAAAAUAUUCAAAAAUCACUGACUUUUUACGUUGACAACUUUGAACACCUUGAGACGCCGGUAACUUGAAAAUUCUUCUGAGAAUAUCCGACCGGAACUUAAUGAUCGCCGUGAUUUGGGCUCUCGCAAUAACCCGGGAGGAUCGUGACUCAUCUAAAAUGUCGAAAGUAAAGUUUAAGAAAUCACCAAGGUUCGUUCUAACGUAAACUGGAGCAUAUUGCCUGCCUCGUCGACCCAUUGAGGAAAUAACGACAUAAAUAUUCGUGUGCGAUAUAAACCAGGACGCCAAAGUGACCGCACACACGAGUUGUUAUUUAAGAAAGAAUACAUUUAAAUUAAACCAAUUAGAAAAGAAGAGACUGAUACAGUUUAAGAACCCAAAGAAGGACAGAAUUUAAAGGAAUCAACUUGCCCGUGCUAAGUGAACACUCAGUGUAGUAAACUUUCGCCUAAACAACUAAAGGCAUCAAAAGGUCUGCGUUAUCGUGAACUUGCAGAGACUAAAAUUGGAACAGCGCCAGCACCUUAAACUUAGGACACUUGAAUUUACGAUUAAAUCGUAACGUAACGAAAUUGGAAUAAUAAAUGGUGACCUUGACACGGGCGACAAUUCCAUAAGUGACGUAUACAUCGCCUGUUUUGUGGGUUUAGUGUGUAGAGACGCUUGUAAAGGCCCAGCGUGUGAUCGUGUGAUGAGCCGCUAAAGGAUGCAUUUGCCGUAUGAGUCGCGGGGCCGACGCCGCCGUGAGAUGGCAGACCUAGAGCCCUGGUGGCUGCAGUCUAUCAUCGAAGAGACUCUCUCUGAAUACCCCGAUCUAGUUAAAACUGGCAGUCCUGACUACAUGUGCUCUAUAUUACCACAGCACUGGCGUUCAAAUAAAACUCUGCCCGGUGGUUUCAAAGUGGUCGCCCUUGGAGACGUUCUGGACGGAACCCUGGUGACGGUCAGAGCUGGCAACGAUGAAAACUGCUCCGCGGAAUUGAGGAACAACUCUGCCGUUAUGAAAAAUAGGGUUGCCAAGUUCAAUGACCUGAGGUUCGUCGGCAGAAGCGGUAGAGGGAAGAGCUUUUCGUUGACCAUCACGAUAUCGACGAACCCGCCUCAAGUGGCAACAUAUCAAAAAGCCAUAAAAGUCACUGUCGACGGACCUCGGGAACCUAGAUCUAAAACCAGUACAAAUACUACAACACAUCCGAUUAGAACGUUCGGAUUCCAGCGGCCACUCAUUACCUGUGAUAGUGCUUCCAUCGCCCUUCGAGAUAUGGAAUAUAAGACAUCUACGUCUAGAACAUUCAGAUCACUAUCGCACGAAGAACGUGAUUAUAAGACUAACGCAAACCUGCCCACUGGUGAGAGCAGCGGCAGCAUACUAGGAGCGAGUGAAUGGAAUACCGGCUAUUCUUCUACUACGUCCAUGUACCCUUCGUAUAGCACCCUUCAGCCUGCAUAUUACAAGCCUGAACCAGCCAUACACAUACCUGCGAUAUUACCCGAAUUACCUCUUGGGCACGCUGACUAUAGUGGGUUCCAGUCAAGCACAACUAGCUACAAAGGCAGCCCCAGUGGAACGAGUUCAUCACUAACCGAACUAAACCCAACAACGCCUGUUACUACGCAGCGCUACGACUCCAACUACUACAACUCAUGGCCAGCAAAUUCGUACAAUUACAACAAUUACCAAUACAAUAACAUCAAUAACAAUCCCGCGUGCAUACAAUCUCACGCGCCAUACAUCAAUCCAAAUCCGCAAAUGAUACUACCGAAUCUUUAUUCAACUGUCAACCAAAAUCAAAUUCACGUACACCUACACAGUUCCUCAGAUAAAUAUAACUUAGAGCAGUGUAUCCCAAGUGAGAUUAAAAUAAGUGAUAUAGACGGGGGUAUAUCUAUAACGACAGAACUUCAGGGUACAGGAGAGCCGAGUGGUAUAGUCCAAACUUGCGAAGCCAACGAUGAAGUGAAACACGGAAUGUAUGGCGCAGGAAGUCAAGAAGUUUGGAGACCAUAUUGACGGUUCGUUAAUCCUCAACAAAAACAUUCCGUUGUACAUAUUGUGAUAUAGGUAAAAUGUAAAUUUCCAUGUUGUAGGUUAUUAAUGUAAAGAUGUUUUAAAUUAAUGUUAAACAUUAAUUAGAUUUUAA